AUGGCUGGGAGGGAAACCCUUAUCAAGGCUGUGGCUCAAGCUAUUCCUACCUUCCCCAUGCAUUGUUUCAAAUUUCCAGUCACUUUGUGCAAUGAACUAGAUGCUAUGAUGGCUAAUUUUUGGUGGGGUCAGAAAAAGGAGGAUCACAAAAUUCAUUGGAGAAGUUGGGAUUUUUUAGGUCUGCCUAAAGACCGUGGUGGCAUGGGUUUUAGAAAUAUUAAGGAGUUUAACAUCUCCCUCCUAGCAAAGCAGGUUUGGCGACUGCAUUCUGAUCCCACCUCUUUAUGUGCUCGUAUUCUAAAAGGAAUUUACUAUCCUCAUACCGAUAUUCUAAGUGUCGGAAAGGAAUCACGGGCAUCGUGGGCGUGGAGUAGCCUUUUGGAUGGUAAAGGUCUAAUUGUUGAUGGGGCUAGAUGGCAGGUUGGGAAUGGGGAGCUCAUUCAUAUUUGGGCUGACAAAUGGAUACCUACCUCUACGUACUAA